GUGCGCAUGCGCAUAGCAAAGUGAAGGAUACAAUGGCUCUAUAUGUGAAAGCUAUUCGAAUGCACUUUUGUGCAAAUCGCAAUUUUCUUAAAACAACUGCAUUUUAUCACAAACGACACUCAUCUGAACAAGUGUCCUCCAAAACCAAGGCCAGCACCGAGCAGGCUGAUCAUGUUCUGUACACACAGGAGCACUUUGCACUGAAGGACUCUCUAAGAAAGCUCAUUGAUCAGGAGAUCAACCCUUAUGUUGACAAAUGGGAAGAAGAGGGUCAAUUCCCUGCACACAAGAUCUUCAAGCUCCUCGGGAGUGCUGGAUUUCUGGGAGUCAGUAAACCUGUGGAAUAUGGAGGUCUGGGAUUGGACUUCAGCUACAGCGUGGCCGUGGCAGAGGAGCUAGGCAACAUCAACUGUGGAGGCAUUCCCAUGGCCAUCGGUGUUCAGUCGGAUAUGGCUACACCUGCAUUGGCCAGAUUUGGAUCUGCCGAGCUGAAAAGGGAGUUCUUGCUUCCAUCCAUAAUGGGAGACAAAGUGGCAUGCCUGGGAGUGAGUGAAAUUGGUGCUGGCUCUGAUGUUGCAAGCAUAAAGACGAAGGCUGUGCGGAAAGGAGAUGAGUUUGUCAUUAACGGCGGAAAGAUGUGGACAACCAGCGGCGCACAAGCAGACUGGAUGUGCCUCUUGGCAAAUACAAGCGAUGGGCCACCACAUAAGAACAAGUCCCUCAUCUGCCUACCCAUGAAUCUGCCUGGAAUUCAUAUUGCACGUAAAAUUGAUAAGCUAGGCAUGAGGUCCUCGGACACAGCAGAGGUGUUCUUCGAAGAUGUUCGGGUGCCGUGUAAAAACGUCAUAGGUGAAGAGGGAAUGGGCUUCACAUACCAGAUGCUGCAGUUCCAGGAAGAACGCCUGUGGGGAGUGGCCAAUAUUCUAACAAUGAUGGAGAAAGUGGUGCAGGAGACAAUCAACUACACUCGGCAGAGGAAGAUCUUCCAGCAGCCGGUGUUGUACCACCAAGUAGUGCACUUCAGGUUAGCAGAGCUGCAGACCGAGAUCGAGCUCCUGCGCUCUCUGCUGUACCGCUGCACAGAGAUGUACAUUAAAGGCAACGAUGUGACAAAGCUGGCAAGCAUGGCAAAGCUAAAGGCCGGUCGCCUGGCACGCGAGUUAGGAGACAGUUGUUUGCAGUACUGGGGCGGGAUGGGCUUCACCAGUGAUGUCCUGGUCAGCAGGUUCUACAGAGACUCCAGACUGAUGUCAAUAGGUGCAGGAGCUGAUGAAGUCAUGCUCUCAAUCAUUUGCAAGUAUAUGGACACGCUGCCCAGGAAAUAACACCCGUGUGACAGUGUCGCUUACUUAACUCAUUGUAAUGAAGGUUCCAAGACACGAUUAUUGAUUAUUACUAUUUUAAUACAAGAUUAUUAAUCACCUCCUGCCUUAAAUGUUAAUAGAAAGCUGGUCAUUGUAAGAAAGUUAUAUAGUAAUCUGUUGUAUGUACAAUCUAAUGUACUGUUUUUUAGGAAAAAGUCACAUUUUUAGAAAAAAGCUUUAUUUGAAUAACAACUGGUUUCUAAAGAUGGUCUACUUGGAACCUACUGAGUUUAAAAUCCUCUGGUAUUAGUGUUUUACAAAAAUGUUAAGGAGUGAAAAACAUUUAGAGGAAUAGACAUCAGUUUUUUCAUUAUGAAGUGCAUUAAUUAUCAUCAUUAUUAUUUUUUCUUUUCUUUAAUGUGGAAAAGCAAUUUGGUACAGGGCAUAUUCACCAUGAAUCCCUUUUUUUGGUUUGUUUGUUUUAACCAGAGGUUUGUGAAGAACUGGCACAUUGUUAUUGCUGAAUAAAUAUCAUGCACUGACGUAACAAUAAAAUGUAUAUAAGACAUUAAA